CGUCGGAGCUGCUUCUCCACCUGCGGCCGCCAGAAAAAGACGAUCGGCGAUGUCGUCCCUGAUCAGGAGGGUGAUCAGCACCGCCAAAGCCCCGGGGGCCAUCGGCCCCUACAGUCAAGCUGUGUUAGUGGACCGGACCCUUUACAUCUCAGGACAGCUAGGCAUGGACCCUUCCAGUGGACAGCUUGUGCCUGGUGGGGUGGCAGAAGAAGCUAAGCAAGCUCUUACAAACAUGGGUGAAAUCCUGAAAGCUGCGGGCUGCGACUUCACUAACGUGGUGAAAACAACCGUUUUGCUGGCUGACAUCAAUGACUUCGGUACCGUCAAUGACAUCUACAAGCAGUAUUUCAAGAGUAAUUUUCCUGCAAGAGCUGCAUACCAGGUCGCUGCUUUGCCCAAAGGAGGUCGUGUGGAGAUCGAAGCUAUUGCUGUCCAGGGGCCUCUCUCGACAGCCUCACUCUGAGUGCUCCCUGCUCGCCGAGUCUGGGGUUUUCACUGUGCCUUUAACUCCUUAGUUUUCACACUGGAUGUGAAAAACUCAAGUUUGACUAAAAUAUCUGAAAUCAUUAUGGAAAUCCCUUGCAAGUGGGACAGUUGAACAAGAAUUAAGAAUGAGAUAGUGAAGCCAGUUACGAUGCGGUAAACGCCCCUCAGGUACUCCUGUUACUGAGUGGAGGAGAAGGGACACGCACACCUGGUUAAAUACGUAGAAGGAAGGAGAGAAAUGAGUAAGAAUGAUGAGUUAGUAUUCCUGAGACAUGAUCAUAAGCACACCUAAUUCACUGACGUCUGUUAAUUUAGUGAAAUAAUGUUCUCAUGUCAAUCAUGGGAUUCUACUUUUAUUUGAGCACAAUUAAAAUAUUCUAGUUUGAAUGGCAGAGCUAAAGGAGAACAUGGCGGACCAAAAUGUUUUUCUAAUAUAAUAAACAUGCAGAUU